GUUCCGCGGUCCGAGAGGGAGAACCCGGGAGGCGCUCGGCUGCCUCUGGGCGAGCGACUGGUUGGCGAGUCAGUCCCUGUGCCGUUCGCCGCGCGGCUUUGAGGUCGGGGCGCUCCGUCGUGUGCGCUUCUCCCUUUCCAGGCUAGCAGCAGCGUCUGCAGGAGGAGGCGGAGCUGUGGUAGCUGCCAAGCGCUUGACAGAGAAGCGCUGGGCGAGCGGGAAGGAGAAGCAGAAGGACGAGGAGCUCGAGAACUUUGUUUCUAGGCAGCAGGCGCUUUGUGGGGCGAGGCUGCCGCCCUCAGGAGGAGCCGCGUCGGGGCUGGAGGUUGGAGUUAGACGGCGGCUCGCCUGGGGUCUCCUGGGAGCCACCUGGUAGGAACAGGCGCAGCAGCAACAGCGUCCUUCGAGUGCCAUUAGGAGGACCCGCUAGAGUAACCGCAGACUUCGCAAAGCGCGACCCUGGCUGGAGCGGAGACUCUGCACCGGGUGAGGCGGACGACGCAGACAAUGCUGUGGGCGACCGUUUUGGCUCUCGCGCGGACCUAGCCAAGGAGCCCUUCAGGAGGCUCCGUGAGCAGAAGGAGGCGAAGCAGAGCUGCAGUCGCCCAGAGGGAGAGAGAAGAGUUUGCCCCACUGCUUGCCCCUCUCUCUUCCCCGGUGCUUGGAUGCUGCUGCUGCUGCUUCUGGAGGAGAUGGUGCCAGCUCCGGGAUUAGCCUAAGUCCUCUACUCGGCUUCCCCCCCACACCGCUUUUGCUCAUCUCGCUGCGACCGCUGGCAGAUCACUGCAAAGUGUCUCGCCUCUCCCCGAAAGGUGUCUGCUGGAGGACAAUUUUGUAACAUAAACUCCGGAGCCUUUUCCCUGGUUCAAGAAAAACCGAGUGGAUAAUGUCAACCCCGAGCAGAUUCAAAAAGGACAAAGAAAUCGUAGCCGAAUAUGAAAGUCAAGUGAAAGUCGUCUGCCUUGCCACUUCAGCUCCCGCAGAUCUUCCGUAUACCAAGGAGCCAUUUUUGAAACGGGUCGGAGAGGAUGCUUAGGAGCAAUCGCAUCUACUGCCCUGAGAUUCGAGCUCAGCUAAUAGAGCAGCAGAAAUGUCUGGAGCAGCAGACUGAGAUGAGGGUACAGCUUCUUCAAGACCUCCAGGAUUUUUUCCGCAAAAAAGCUGAAAUAGAGACUGAAUACUCUCGCAAUCUAGAAAAAUUAGCAGAAAGAUUCAUGGCAAAAACAAGAAGUACUAAGGACCAUCAACAAUACAAGAAAGACCAGAAUCUGCUGUCUCCAGUGAAUUGUUGGUAUUUACUCCUCAACCAAGUGAGACGGGAAAGCAAGGAUCAUGCAACUCUGAGUGAUAUAUACCUGAAUAAUGUCAUUAUGCGCUUUAUGCAGAUAAGUGAAGAUUCCACCAGGAUGUUCAAGAAGAGCAAAGAGAUUACAUUCCAGCUUCAGGAGGAUUUAAUGAGGGUUCUUAAUGAGCUUUAUACGGUCAUGAAAACAUACCAUAUGUAUCACACAGAGAGCAUCAGUGCAGAAAGUAAACUGAAGGAGGCUGAAAAACAAGAAGAAAAACAAAUUGGCAGGUCAGGAGAUCCUGUUUUUCACAUUCGGCUAGAAGAAAGACACCAGAGACGAAGUUCUGUGAAAAAAAUUGAAAAAAUGAAGGAAAAACGUCAAGCAAAAUAUUCUGAAAACAAGCUGAAAUCCAUUAAAGCCAGAAAUGAAUAUCUGCUAACCCUUGAAGCAACGAAUGCUUCCGUUUUCAAGUAUUAUAUUCAUGACCUUUCAGAUUUAAUUGAUUGUUGUGAUCUGGGAUAUCAUGCCAGCCUGAACAGAGCCUUAAGAACAUAUCUCUCUGCAGAAUACAAUCUUGAAACCUCUCGACAUGAGGGCCUGGACAUCAUAGAGAAUGCUGUUGACAAUUUGGAGCCACGAAGCGACAAGCAGAGAUUCAUGGAGAUGUAUCCAACAGCUUUUUGUCCUCCAAUGAGAUUUGAGUUCCAGCCUCAUAUGGGUGAUGAGGUUUCUCAUGUGAGUGCCCAGCAGCCAGUCCAAGGAGAUCUCAUGCUUAGGUAUCAGCAGCUGCAGUCACGACUGACCACACUGAAAAUUGAAAAUGAGGAGGUUAAGAAGACAACUGAAGCUACUUUGCAGACAAUACAAGACAUGGUCACCAUUGAGGAUUAUGACGUUUCUGAAUGUUUUCAGCACAGUCGUUCAACAGAGUCUGUGAAGUCUACGGUCUCUGAAACCUACUUGAGCAAGCCUAGCAUUGCUAAGAGAAGAGCUAACCAGCAGGAGACCGAGCAGUUCUAUUUCAUGAAGUUCAGAGAGUACCUGGAGGGAAGUAAUCUCAUCACAAAGCUUCAAGCAAAACAUGAUUUAUUACAGCGAACACUUGGAGAAGGUCAUAGAGCAGAAUUCAUGACUACAAGCCGUGGACGAAGGAACUCCCACACUAGACAUCAGGACUCAGGACAAAUAAUUCCCCUCAUAGUAGAAAGCUGUAUCCGAUUUAUCAACUUGUAUGGUCUUCAACAUCAGGGCAUUUUCAGAGUAUCUGGCUCCCAGGUGGAAGUCAAUGAUAUUAAAAAUUCAUUUGAGAGAGGUGAAAAUCCUUUGGCAGAUGACCAAAGUAACCAUGACAUUAACUCAGUUGCUGGAGUACUGAAGCUCUAUUUUCGAGGGCUGGAGAACCCUGUCUUUCCUAAGGAAAGAUUUAAUGAUCUCAUUUCUUGUGUCCGAAUAGAAAAUCUCUAUGAGAGGGCUCUUCACAUUCGUAAACUCCUCUUGACUUUGCCCAGAUCAGUCCUUAUAGUACUAAGAUAUCUCUUUGCCUUCCUCAAUCACCUUUCACAGUACAGUGAUGAAAAUAUGAUGGAUCCUUAUAACCUGGCCAUUUGUUUUGGCCCGACACUGAUGCCUGUUCCAGACAUUCAAGAACAGGUGUCGUGCCAGGCUCAUGUGAAUGAAAUAAUCAAAACUAUUAUCAUUCAUCAUGAGACCAUCUUCCCCGAUGCUAAGGAACUUGACGGCCCAGUUUAUGAAAAAUGUAUGGCUGGUGAUGACUACUGUGAUAGCCCUUAUAGUGAACAUGGUACAUUAGAAGAAGUGGAUCUUGAUGCCAGUACAGAACCACACACCAGUGAAGAUGAAUGUGAACCAAUCGAAGCUAUUGCCAAGUUUGACUAUGUCGGAAGAUCUGCCCGUGAGCUCUCCUUUAAAAAAGGAGCCUCUCUGCUUUUAUAUCAUCGAGCGUCUGAUGACUGGUGGGAAGGAAGACAUAAUGGAAUUGACGGCCUUGUUCCUCACCAAUACAUCGUGGUUCAAGAUAUGGAUGAUACAUUCUCGGAUACAUUGAGCCAAAAAGCAGAUAGUGAAGCCAGCAGUGGGCCAGUAACGGAAGACAAGUCUUCAUCUAAGGAUAUGAAUUCACCAACAGAUCGUCCUGAUGUAUAUUUAGGAAGGCAACGCAAGAGAUCUGAACUCCCACUUCCUGGUAGACCACGUCCUGGCAGGACUAGUGAUGGCCACUGUCCGGUUCAUCCACCACACACCCUUGCCAACUCAUCACUGGAGUUAGGUUCCCCCAGCAUGGCAAGCCACAGCUCUUCUCGAGCUGUCCUUCAAAACCGCAGCCUCAAUACAGACAGCCCGGAAAGAAGAUGUAGACCAGGCCAUGGCAGCCUCACUAAUAUUAGUAGGCAUGAAUCACUGAAGAAAAUUGACAGCCCUCCAAUUAGAAGAUCUACAUCAUCUGGCCAAUACCCAGUUUUCAAUGACCACAAACCACUUGACCCAGAGUCAAUUGCUCAGGAUAUUGAAGAAACAAUGAACACAGCUCUGAAUGAACUCCGGGAACUGGAACGUCAGAGUUCUGCAAAACACGCACCGGAUGUAGUGCUGGAUACUUUGGAACAAAUAAAAAACUCUCCUUCCAGCACCACCUCAACAGAAUCAUUGAGUCCUCUUCACAAUGUCAUGUUAAGAAGCACUGAGCCUCAGAUUCGGCGUAGCACUAGCUCUUCCAGUGAUACCAUGAGUACCUUCAAGCCCAUGGUGGCACCCAGAAUGGGAGUGCAGCUGAAGCCACCUGCACUGAGGCCAAAACCCAUAGUUCUUCCAAAAACAAACCCAAGCAUAGGCCCUUCCUCUCCUUCCCAAAAUCCAGCAGAUAAGUCUUGCACGAUGUAAAAUACAAUAAACCAUGUAACCAAGCACAGAGUGAACUACCAAAAGAAUGGAUCACUGAUAGAUGUCUGGGUUCCAUAACACAAUUAGUUUGUGUUGAUAAUGGCAGAGGUUUUGUUUUUAACGUAAUAUCUCAAUCUACCUACAUUAACACGGGCAUUUAAGAUGGAUUCAAGUUUAAACUGGACAAUUCAGUGUGUCAUUUUAAAACAGGAACACAUACUUUUACUUGAAACUUCCACACUGCACCUUUUCUAAUAAAAGUACCACAGGUCACAGCCAGCAUCCCAUGUAGUUCAGUCAUUUACCUUGACUAGUUUUUAGUCUUCGCAAGGAAUUCUUAUUAAUGGUUAUUUGAAAGUUAUUCUUUAAUGGAUCUGUUUACUUCUGGUUUGGGCUUCAAUAUGGUUCAGAUUUUUAUAAGGGCUGCAAGAUGACAUAUGAGAAUCAAAUAAGUGGCCUAUAUGGUGUGGACAGGUAAAGUGGAAUCACCCUGGUGUUUUUUUUCCAAAUUCUUGGUAUGUGUGUUGGCAGUGUUAGUAUGGCCCAUUGACUGAAUAUGGCUAAAGAAUUCUUUUCUCACACUGAUGUAGAUGGCAGCUCUCCAAGGUGAAAGCCUUUGUCAGGAAGAUAUGGAGCAGUUUCUAGAACGCUGCACUCAGGCUUGUUGCACUGCAAUAAAGCUAGAUUUUUUUACUCACAAAUUCUUUCAGAUAUUUCUCACCAAUAAUUCACUACAAAAUUGUUUACAAUUUUAGAAGCCUGUUGCUUGGACAUCUCUGCAGAUAGAAAAUCUUUAAUGAUGACUUUUAACAAAACAUUCCUUGGGCUUUUUUGUUUGAAGUGUGAAAGAAAAUGAGUAAGAUUGUAAAGCCUACAAUUUGAAGCUGCUGUAUCCUCUAGUUAUGAAACACAACGUAUGUAAAAGAAAGUGUGCAGUUGCUUGAGUUUGUUUAUUAAAAUGAAUAAUCUAUUUCUUAACUGGAAUGGCUCCUGUUGAGACAAGAGGUUGCGCACGGAGCAAAGAUGUUAUUUUAUACUAUAAAAUCUGAAUAAAAUGUAUCAGAACCACUUUUUUUUUCAAAUGUCAGUACCUUUUUUGAUGUGUAUGUGUGAGUGAAAUCGAGCUACGUAAUGCUUCAUUUUGAGAAUCUUAGCUGCUGCUAUUAAAUAUGAACUAACUCUACAACUGUUUUGCACAAACUAACACUAAGCCAUGUCAUUUCUGUGAAUGUUUUUACAAGGUCACCUUCUCACUCCACAGGAUAAUUUAUCAUAUGUUAUUAAUCAAGCAGCCACUUAACUGAAAUAAUGUAUAAGUACAAGUUCUGGAGUAUGAACACCUUGAGCAACUGGUUGUGGGGAGGUGCUGGGAGAGAUUCUUUGAUCUCCACCUUUACUGCAGAACUGGAUCCAAAUAAGGGAUUUCAUUUCUCAUAGCACUUGGCACAUUAGGAACUUGCUGUCCUGAAAGUGGAAUGUUUUUAUUUGAUGCCUUCACACACUGGAAUCAUAAAUGGGAGAAGGGUGGUAGUCUCAUGGCAUGAAUUUUCAGUGUGUAACAGUCUAAGGACAUUGUCACCUACUAUCCGGACUUGGGACUGAUCUAGUCCCACUGCAGAUUACUAAUUAUAGUUAGGAGGAUGGGAAUGUUGAGUCCCAUUAAACUUGGACAUGGCAAGUAGCCUUGCAAAGAUGUUCACAAAAGUCACUAGGCCACAAAAAUAUGUAUCAGCUUGCCUGCACACCCACAGUAGCUGUGUUUAAUUAUUCGUGGCCUAAAAGGUGGGGAGAAGGAGAUCCAUUUUUGUAACAUUUCCUUGCCUAGUCUUCCGGAGGCAGUUCUUACCACAAAUUACCAGACUAGUGACUAUUUACAAGUCUGAAUUUGAAACCAAAUAUGCCAAGCAGAAAUGAUAUGAUUCCUUAAUUGGGCAACCUAAUAAGAUAAAAAUCCACUUGAACUGCAGUCCUAAGCACAGUUACUAAAAAAAUAAGCCCCAAUGAGAAUAAGGCACCAUCAGUGAGACUUCCUCCUUAGUAAGGAUGCUUAGGAUUGCACUGUACAGGACAUCUAGAUAUAGUGUCCUGAAUGUCUGCCAUUGAAGACUAAGACAAUGAGAAAUCUUACAUUCACCAAAGCUGCCAAUAUGUAGAGAAGAGCUCUGUCACACAUCUUGACUGCACCCUGGAGACUUAACAAAAAGGUCCUCUUUUACACUGUCCUGAGCUUUUAGCUAAUGUGAAUUAUUGUUAAGUAUUGCAAUGACUCAUACUGGGCUAGGAAUUAUUGUCUUAACUAGCCUAAGUUUAGGAUCUGUGGGACAAACAGCUUUCCUUUAAGUGCAGUUCUAGCCUAGUAAUUUUAUUAAUAGAUUAUAUGGCACACCUGAGGUGGGUGCCCUGUAUCUUGAAAUUGCAUAGGGAAAUUGUUUAUGUCUCAAUAACUGUACUGGCCUCUAUAUUGCUUAUAUUAGAAAUUGUUUAGUGAAGACAAAUAUUAGAAACAGUGUGUUUAGUGAAUGCUUCCACUUAGAGCAUUCACAUGAGUUACAUGUGUGUAGUUUGAUGGUUUAUUAUAGCUACUUCAAGUAUAGUGAAUGGGUACCAAGAAAGACUGAUACAACUACAGGCACAGUAAAGCAUAAUGCCUGUGUACCUAAUUGAAUCAGUAUUGUCCUUGACUGUCAAGUUUGAUAGAUUGCAGUGCUGGUAGCUUCCUGCUUGUUGACUGUUACUUAAUUGUGUCAAUGUACAUCUGUAGUAUGUACAUGUGAAAGUGCCUUUACAUUUUUAGAGGAGCUUUAGCCUUGCUCUUGUACUGUUGCAUUUUCAUUUCAUUUUCUGCUGCUCUUGUACUGCUACAUUCUCAUUGCAUUCCUUCCAUUCUCAAAGAACAGGAGAGUUACAAUUGCACAGUCCUUAAGGGGAAAAAAUGUACUGUUAAGCUGUUGUGACAAUGCACUUUUAUGUAUAGUACUGUACAUUUUUGGCAUGUACCAUUAAAGUCUUCAAUAUACAUUCAGAUUUGUUUCUCAUAGUGUAACUUUAUAAUAAAGAAGGAUAGUUCUG